GUAGUUUGAUUGAAGUUGAUUCGACUCAGUCGUUUGUUCGUAGAGAGGAGAUACUGAAUAAACUAAAAGCAAGAAGAGAAACGAGAAAGCAAGUGGACUGUGUGCCGUUUUGUGCCAGGUCAGGAAGUCAAACUUGAAUUCAGAUUGGAAUAUUAAGUUAACACUAUGGCCAAUGAGCGUCCAUGUUUGGUCGCCAGUGAUGAAGAGGAUGAGGACGGAAAUUUAUCUAAGACUGUAGCAAAUGAGUCUGACGCAGAAUCAGUAAAUGGCGACAAUCAUUCUUCAAGUACCAAAGCCGUGUCUGAAAAUGGUAUUAAUGAUGAAAGUAAUGAUGAAAAUGAUGAAGGAAAUGAUGAUGAAAAUGAAGAAGAAAAUGAUGGUGAAAAUGAUGAUGAAAAUGAAGAUGAAGAUGAAGAUGAAAAUGAAGAUGAAAAUGAUGAUGAAGAUGACGAUGAAAAUUAUGAUGAAAAUGAUGAAAGUAAUGAUGUAAAUGAUGAUGAAAGUAAUGAUAAAAAUGAAAGUAAUGAUGCCUCAAAGAAAAACCCCGGAUUUGCAAGAAUGCCUACUCCAAUAGCUGAUGCAAUAAUGAAAGCAUAUACACAAAAGCAAAGAACUAUGAGGAAAGAAGGCAAAGCUGUAUCACUCGAACUAAAAGAUUUGCCCAUACAAGAUCUUCUAAGAGAUGCAAACGAGAAAGGACUAUUAAAAAAUACCGACUUAGAGAAAUACAUUAUAAAUCAAGACAAAACUGUGGGAUCGAAUCCACCUGAUGUGAAAUCAGAACAAAAUAGUGACGAAGAUAAUUCAGCUGGAUUGGAUAAUGAUAUGGAUUUGUCAGAUCAGUCGGAUGAACUUUCAAACCAGAGUCAAAAUACAGGUAGAGGUAGAGGCAGAGGUAGAGGUAGAGGUAGAGGCAGAGGUCGAGGGAGGGCGUCAUCGAAUGGAAAAAGAAGAUUGGAGAUUAAUGAAGAUGACACUGAUGAGGAUCCUGAUUUCGCCCCAUCAAGUAAUGCAAAAAAACCAAAGCGUAUGACCCGAUCAAGAAGAACAUCUGAUACUGGGAAAACAGUAUCUCAGUCCCAAAAUGAAAAUAAACAAGAGGAAGCCACUGAUGUAGCUGCAAGAUUAAAAUCUCUUGCUGAAAAAAUUGCUGAUGUUCUAUCAAAAGGACCUUCUCCAAAUAGUAACAGCGAAGCAGAGAAACUAUUACAGACUUCUCAAGAACUCAUGGAGAUUCAGAAGCAAACCCUACAACAUGCAGGAAAAGACCCCAAUUUAUUCUCAGACACAGUAGAAAUUAAACAAGAAAUUAUUGAAAUAGACGAAAGUAAAGUAUUCUCCAAGAGCUUGACUGAAAAUCAAAAUUUACCUGAGAGUCAACUAAAAAUCUAUAACCAGUUGCAGAGACGUUUAGAAGCAUUGCAAAAGAAUCUCUCUGAAUCUGCAAUGUUUAAUACCAAGUCUUUACCUGGGAAUACAAUUUCAUCUAAUACUGAAAAAUCAGACGCUAUAACUGUCCAGGAAAAAUGUGCUUUCAUCCAGGACUUUUUCACAUCGUAUCAAGAAGUGUUUGAUCAAACCACUGGAACUUAUGCGUUAUUUUCUCUAUCCGAUAGCAUCUCUCUUUGUGUUGAUGAGCUUUUUGAAUGUGUUCAGAGAAUGAAAAGAGCAGAAUCCUUAACAUCUACAGAACUCAAACAGGCCGAGGUUCACCAAGCCAAACAAGCUUACUUGAAAACCGUUAUGGAUGCAGGUGCGAAAUUUUCUCCAAACUUUAAUUUGCUUGUGACAAAAAUUAUGGCAACAAAAACAAGUAAUGCUCUUAUAAUCACUCUAAUCCUGUAUAUUGCUGGUUCUCUAUACAUGAAAAGGCCAAACUUAGGAAAUCUUGUUCACAAGGUGAGGAGAGUUUUACUAUUUAUGACGAAGGCCCUUCGACAGCAUUUUCCACCAGUUGACCAAGUGCUACAGACUUCCAAUGAAAUAUUCAGUUGUGAAACCAAACUUAUUAAACAAACGUUGAAGUACCUUCAUGUUUGCAACUUUUUAAACAUUCCUGCUGAGUUGCUAUGCACAUAUCAUGAUGCUAGUGCUGAUGAAGAUAAUAAAUUCCAGACAGAACAAUCUAUAAUAGGUUCUGAUAUUUUGAUGCAAAUGAAUCCCAUCAGAAAUGGGACUGAUGGUCAGGGUAAAAUUAAUAACAGUAAGAAUUGUCCCGAUCAGUUAAGAACCCAAUUCUCCAGAAUGAAUCAUUCAGAAAUUUCCACAAUGACAGCAGAGUUGGAAGCUGCAUUGCAAAGAAUAAAACAAGAAAUCACAGAAAACACCGAUCAGAAAUGGAAUAGUACUUGUAUGGGGGAUAAUAUUGUACCUCAAAACCAUAACGGACAGCCUAGAAUGCAGGGUGGGAAAGAAAAACACGAUUUAAACAAAUUUCAAGUCAAAGUAAACUUGGGAAAAAGAGUCCCGAAUAUUCCGACUAUCGAUUUAAGUACAACGCCUGAAUUGUUGAUUCACUCAGGCUCUUCAACAAAUAAUCAGUCUGUCGACAGGGGAAAUGUUUUAGCCCAGGUACUUGGGAGUGAUAAUGAAGGGUUGGAUCAUUUGUUUUCUUCUUAUUUGAAAUCAAGACCAGAUAAAUUAACAUCUACAGUAAAGUCUGAGCCACUUGAUGUCCCUGAGGGUGAUGAUGAAAGUUCACCACUGCUAACACUUGUCCCAGUAAAAGAAGAACCAACUGAACAGCUAUUUCAGGAAGAUGCAGCUUUUGAUGAUUGCUUCACAGAAGAGUUUUUUCCUAAGACAGAACAAGAUUUUAAGAACGCUGAUUUCUUAGAAGGAAAUGAAUACUAAAAUCUGAGGAGUCACAACAAGGACUUUUUGGCCUCAGAAGAACUUUUGGCCAUGUAAACGUAAUCUGCCACAUUCUACUUCGUCCCAGUGAUUAAUGGUUCUAAGAGUGAUAUGAACAUGGUUUGUAAUUGUAUGUAUAACACCUGUGUCAAGUGAGUGUUGCAAUUGUUUUGCUUUUAUAUUUUAAUAGCGGCAUUUAUAUAACAGUGUUAGCAAAACGGGAGUGUGUGUGUGAAGGGACUUGGCCUGGUCUCCAUCGGCACUCCCGUUUUGCUAACACUGUAAAUUGGAAUCGAUCAUAAGAUUUUUUGUACAUAGGCUUUUAUAAAUUGGAAGGGCAUUGAGAUUAUCUUGCUGGAAAAGUUAUUAAUAACUGCAUACUUGUCUGGUUUUUUUAUAAAUUAAGGGAGAAGAAUUGGCUCUAAGAAAAGAUAUAUUCCCUACGGUUGCAAGCGCACAUUAAGUUAACGACACAAUUAUGUUGUAUUUCAUCUCCCCUUAGUAGAUUCUUUCAAAGUACAGUACAACCUCAUUAAGUCCGACCAGUAUGGGGCUGAGGCCCAUCCGACAUAAGGGAAAUGGUUUUUGGUCAGAGGAAGACUAUAGAAUCAUUGGCGGAUCCAGAGGGGUGGCUAAGGGGCCCCCCCCUCGAGGAAUACAUAUAUAUUUUUGUACAGCAUGUAAUACAGUAGUGCACACAUUGUGUAAAAUAAUUUGUCACACUUUGGACAAAGAAAUGGUAUUAAACUGCCACUUUGGAGACAUAGUUAACACAAAUAUUUCAUGGGGGGUACCCCCCCCAGACCCCCCGGUAGGUCACCUUGUGACUGUUCUAGAUCUGCCGCUGUAUAGAAUACAACAAAAAAUGGAAAUAUACUAACAAUAAUAUCCUUUAUUACAAAGAAAAAUAUUUUUGACAUUUCUUCACAUCAAAAUUAAAAUGACUCGCCACACAGGCAUGCAUCUCUUCAGUCACCAGAAAACAAACUCAGUUGCGACCGCUCCUUAUAAAGAUUAUGUAUAAAGCAUUAUCAGAAUGACAAUUUUAUAUCAAUUUCUGUUUAUAGUUGAACACAUUAUUUAACACUUUGAUGUUUGAUUAUUACAAACAGGUCCAUGUUGUUAUCAGGAGAUCCUACUUAAGGAGGUUGUACUGUGUAGAAUGAUAAUAAUCUGAUUUUCUGAAACAAACUCUUUUCUUAGGUAAGUUGUUAUUUGUGUAUCCAUUACAUUUGAUUUAUUUUAUAUAGGUUAUUAUUAUAUUAUGAUGUUAUUAAGUAUUAUAGUGCACAUUUGUCAGUGGUAACUUAUUUGUUUGGUAAAUUAAAUAAUAAUAGUUUUUAUACCUUUCUGCAAACCUCAAUAUUUAUUUUUUUAAACUUCAUAUGUUCAGUUAAGGAGUGUGACACAUUCGGUAAAAUCAAAUGAGUUAGUGGACAAUGUAUGGAAUUUUAAAAUCUUUUUGUGACGGCUUUUUGUUUUACGUUUUUAUUUUUACAGUUGGUUAUUUCAAACCUUUCCUGAUCCUUACAGUGAUAUGUAGUUAGUGCAUUAACUUAUUGUGCUUGUUUUUGGCAGUUGAACUUAAGUUUGUUGGUAUUUUUAUUACUCAUUUUAGGUAGUACAGGUAGGCCUUAUUAAAUUCAGGAAUUAGGAUAUACUAAAAGUUAUAUAAGGAUAUGUUAUACAGCUGUCUGUACGUGAAGAUUAAUUGACUAAAUAAAAUGGUGUUCUGUAUUCAAUAAAAAUUGUUUCUUUUGUACAGGCUUCAAUUGCAUAGUACUGGUUGUGUAAGUGAAGGUUGCCUUUGGUCUGGUUGUCAUCGGUCACCAAAUACCAUUUCAGUGAUCAACAUGGUUUGGACCGGACAUAAACUAGUUUAUGCAAUGUGUGUGUAUUUCCAAAUACCCCUGCCACACAAUGCUGCAGACUAAGCAAAUUUUAAUUAGUCUGAUGUAGGUUUUUUAUGUAAUAUUUUAUAAUAAUUCAUCCAUAAACAAUGAAGUUAUCAGUUUACUUAUUUUUCAUAAGAAUAACAUGGCAAUUUUAAAUUUAAAGUUUAAAUGAAUUUUCUUCGUAACCGUUCCCAUACAACUUGCUUACUCUACUACUGUAGCCCUUGCCCAAAUUGAUUUUUGGACUUGCCAACAACUUGCCUCCAGGCUCCUCUGUCCUCCGCCAUGUCCACUCCUCCCCCAAUUCUUAUAUCUCCAGCCACUUGGUUGCUCCACCUUAAUAUUGGUCUUCCUAAUUAGUUGACACCUUUCUUCUAGACGACUUCUCCACACCCUACUUGUAGCUGCAUCCUCCUCUCUGCAUCUUACCUCCUACUUAUCGUCGCCAAUAUACAGGUCAUCUAUACAGGUUUCUGAGUUUUCGAUUUUUGGGUUUUCUCCAAAUACUGUCUUUGAAUAUUGGUGUAAUUCAAGGCCCCACUAGAAAAACAGGCCAUGCUGCAAGAUCCAUGACGUCACACUAGUGGAUGGAUUUCAUUGAUAAAUUCAUUGCCAUAGUCAUUCCCAUAUGUUUUAGGUAAAUAAACAAGCUGGCUGUUUGUAAAAUUUUAUUGGUAAGAGUUUAGUACAACUAUCCACCACUGUGACGUAGUGUUGCGCUGCCCUUGCUGCAGCAUGGCCUGUUUUUAUAGUCCUUGUGUAAAUAUAGGCUACUUCUCAAUAUUUUUUUUCAAUCCAUAUUAAUAAUUGUAGGUGUUACAAAGUUUCAUAAAAAUUUGAUAUUAUUUUACUUGAGUUAUUGUGCUAACGGAUGCAUAUAUGCUGUUUACUCACACACAUACAAAUUACUCUCAAGGCUUUCCACGACAAAAAUUACUUUGUUUUCACAAUAUUAUGAUUCAUUGUGAGGCCAUUAUAGUUAAGAAUGAUGAAAUGUAAUUAUAAUUUUAGAAUUCUUAAAGUACAAUCUGACAUUUCUGAUCGAAUAGCCUAUCUCCUAGUGGAAUGUCAACGCUCAAAUCUUGCGUCACAACCACUCACUUUUUUUAUAUGCACACGUUGCAUAACCUAUGAUUCCCAGUUCAAACCAUAAUGGCUAAUAAAAUGGUAUAUGACAGAUGACAACAAGAUCCACAGAGUCCACCUACCUAGCCGGAGUAGACUACAACUACAACGCGAUUGAUACUGCCUUAUCAGUUUUGUCUCAUCAUGUUUGUUAAUGCCUAAUUUGGUAAUUUGUUAAGAUUUAACUCAUUAUAGUGGAUGAGUACAUAAUAAGGCAUACAUUGACUUUUCUUAGCUUUUAUUUUAAAUUUCAGUGCUAUUUUCUGAUGAGUUUGAUAAUCCAACUCCCUCUUGAUCCUGCAAGUUUUAUAUUAUGGGUUAAUUGUGCUUAUUGAAACAGUUUUCAAACUUGUAUCACACAAAGCUUAGUGAGAGAAUCGAUUUGUACAUUUAACUAUUGUAACUCUAUCCGUUUGAAAUAUUUCUUAGAAAUGGUAUUAAUUUUCUAAAUACCUUGUUAUGUAUUAUUAAGAUAUUACAGCAGAGCAACUUUGAAUUGCUUGGUUUGAUUUGGUUUAGAGAACAUCAAUAAUUCAAUAUUGUUGAUUAAUGGUUUUUUUCAUAAUUCACUGAAACCUCUUUCAAAAGAAUGUUUUGUAGUAGUUAGAACAAAUUUUAUAAUUUCCAAUAUAUUAUUUUAG